CCAACUUUGACUUUUGACCAACCACCCUCUUGAAGAGCAAUGUCUUCAAAGCAAGAUUCCUCUAUUUUUUCCCUGGAGAACGAGGGAGGAGAGGAUGAGAUGAGUCAAGAUAUGGAGACCUGGGAAAAAGAGGACAAAGAGGUCAUGGACCACUCAGGCACACCCCCAGGCUACAACAAAAACCACACAGAGGAGCGUCAGCCAAUCAGCAACCUCCCACCAAAGUCAGAUUUGGACAAUGGAAGUUCAGCCCAACAAGACUCAGAGAGUGGUAAGCUAAGCUCUCCAUAUGUCUACCGGAAUAACUCAACCUCUCCACACAAAGCGGAAGAGCGGAGCGACCACCUCAGUGCAUCAGUGUUUAGUACUCCUGAACGUCGCAAAGGCAGUCUGGCUGACGUGGUGGACACGUUGAAACAGAGAAAGCUGGAGGAGAUGACCAAGACAGAACAGGAUGACACGAACGUGGAUCGGUUACUCUCCAGAGAUUGGAAGGAGAGAGUUGACAGACUGAAUGCCAAUGAGCUGCUGGGAGAAGUCAAAGGAACUCCAGAGAGUUUAGAGGAGAAAGAGAGACAGCUCUCCACUAUGAUUACACAGCUUAUCAGCCUGAGGGAGCAGCUCCUGGCCGCCCACGACGAACAGAAGAAGAUGGCGGCCUCUCAGAUGGAAAAACAGAGGCAACAAAUGGAGCUAGCCCGCCAACAGCAGGAGCAGAUUGCACGGCAACAGCAGCAGCUUCUGCAGCAGCAGCACAAGAUCAACGUUCUUCAGCAGCAGAUCCAGGUCCAGGGUCACAUGCCUCCUCUCAUGAUCCCCAUUUUUCCCUCUGAUCAGCGCUCGCUAGCGGCUGCUGCAGCUGCACAACAGGGAUUCAUCUACCCCCCAGGACUGUCAUACAAACCAGGAGAUAACUACCCCAUGCAGUUCAUUCCUUCUACAAUGGCAGCUGCAGCAGCUUCAGGGCUCAGCCCAUUACAGCUACAGCAGCUGUAUGCCGCCCAGCUGGCCAGCAUGCAAAUCUCACCAGGAACCAAGAUGGCCGCCUUCCCACAGCCUCCCAACUCCUCUGGCACCAUCUCGCCAUCAGGCCUCAAGAGUGAGAAACAGUCCACAAGCCCUGUCACUCAAAUGAAGGAUGAGGGGACGCAGCCUCUGAACCUCUCGGCCCGACCCAAGACCAUGGAGCCGCUGCUCUCCCCCAGCUCCCCCCAGCACAGCCUGUUUCCAGGCAACAAGACCAGCUCCGAAAGUCCGAUACCAAACAUGGGACGAGGCUCAUCGCUGGACAUCCUGUCCAGCCUGAACUCAGCAUCAUUGUUCAGGGACCAGGACACAGUGAUGAAGGCCAUCCAGGAGGCGAGGAAGAUCCGGGAGCAGGUACAGAGAGAACAGCUUCAGCAGCAACAGCAGAGCCUGGAGGUCAAACUUUCAGCACUUAGCAACAUGACUCUCAACAGCAGAGAUAAGGAACGGGGCCAGUUUGAGGCUCUAGGGCAUCUAGGGAAACUGGGAGAAGACUUCAAAAUUGGACACAGGGUCAUAGACCUCACCAGACCCGAGGAUCUCGAUGGGGGCAGCAGCGCGGCCGAGGCGCGGAUCUUCAGGGAGUCCCGGGGGAGGCACAGCAAUGAGCCUCACAUUAAGAGGCCCAUGAAUGCCUUUAUGGUCUGGGCAAAAGACGAGAGGAGGAAAAUUUUGCAGGCCUUCCCAGACAUGCACAAUUCCAACAUCAGCAAAAUACUGGGCUCACGCUGGAAAGCCAUGUCUAACCAAGAGAAGCAGCCAUACUAUGAGGAGCAGGCUCGUCUGAGCAAGAUCCACCUGGAAAAGUAUCCUAAUUACAAAUAUAAGCCACGGCCCAAACGCACAUGCAUCAUAGAUGGGAAGAAGUUACGCAUCAGUGAAUACAAGCAAAUGAUGCGCUCUAGACGUCAGGAGAUGCGUCAGUUCUUCAGUGUUGGGCCGCAGCCGCAGUUACCCAUCAGCACAAGUGCAGGCACAGUCUACCCAGGUGGUAUAGCCAUGACUACCACACCGCCCACUCCUCAUAUGACAUCGGACUGCUCAAGUGCGUCAGUAAGCCCCGAACCCAAUAUCCCUGUAAUUCAGAGUACCUUUGAUGUAAAAUUGGAGCCUGGUACCAUGGUAACAGGUGAUGCCAUCAAUGGCAGGGAUGAAAACGAUGUGUUUGACGACUUUGAGAAUGAGCCUAAAUCGGACUACAGUAGUGACAAUGACACACAAGGGACUGUCAACGCUAACUGA